AUGGUGGCUGUCAAAAGACUCUUGCUUCUCUGCGCUCUAGGCGCCCAGGCUUGGGCUGCUGAUUUGGGUGCAACAGGGGUUGUCUGCUCCACCAAACUCGACACUGUUUCUCUGGCACCGAAUCGGAUCCCGACAUCGACUGCUACCGUUGUUGACAAGAUUACUGUAAUCAAGAAAGUCAUUCGCAAAGUCAACGUCGUCGUUGUUCCCAAGGCCAAGACAACAACCAUUCGCACUACGUCUGUUGUUUUGACUACAAAAAUAGCCGACCCAACUGUCUCAACCGCAACCAGCAUAAUUACCUCCGAGAUUACUGUUUACAGCACACAAACAAGUACUUCUAUCACCACAAGCGAUAGUACAACCAUCACGACCAAGUACGUGACAGAGACAGUACCGACUGUUCCUGGCUGGAUCGCUAUCAAGUCCGAGUCACGUUAUGUCCCGAGACACAAGAUUCGAGCUGAGGGGGACAGGGGGGAGAAUCAAGAUUCGCUUGAUCCGACCCCUGCUCUGUACCCGCAGCAGGUGAACUGCGUCAAGAAGAAGCCUACUACUUCCAUCAAAAGCGUCACCACAAAGGUCCAAGGCAAUAGAGUUACGCUCAAGGCUGCUACCAAGAGUGUCAUGUCGACUAUUGUGCAGAUCUCUACCGUUACUGAGUAUCCUCCUGAUCUAAGUACGACUGUUACAUCAACUGUUUAUCCUAAAACAACUUCUUGGACGGAGACAACUUCAGUUUCCACUAUUGUACAGACUGUUGUUGUCGAAUCACUGGUACCCAUCGCAACCGAGUAUGCCGCCUGCCAGGACAGUAACAUUCUCGUCACUGCCAAUGGAGGAACGGUAAUCACAGCUACAUCCCCUUCGGAUCUCGACUUUUUGAUGGUAUUCAAUCUAGGAUCUGGGUACACGCCAAUUUCAUGCUGCGAGGCAUGUCACAAGAACCCAAACUGUCGGUUUACUCGUUUUGACGUGGUAGAAACGAAAUGCUAUGUACAGAACUGGCAGUCUAGAUACUGCCCGACUGGAGAACUUUAUACGCAAACGGUUGUUGGAAGAUUCUUUACGAACCGCAACACUUUGAUCAAGCAAAAAGGCAUUUUCAGUAAUGGACCCUGUGGCAUGCUUCGGAAUGGUGGUAUUGAUGGUCUUGAUUAA